CUAGGUCCGCCGGACGCGAGGACCAUGCGAGCCCCCGUGAGGAGAUGAGGAAAUUCCCCCCAGGAGGCGGAGCCGCGUUCAUUGCGCGCAAACACUCCAACAGCCGCGAGCUGUGGCUCCUGCGCGACGAGGAGUCCGCACCUGUCAGCGCAGCCUCUGCUCUCUUGUGCCGGAGGGGGGGUGGCGGUGCUGCUGCUGCUGCUGGAGGGGACGCAGUCCCAGAGGCGGGCGUGAUAGAAGAGGGAGCCACCGGUAUGAUAUGCAACAAAAACGGAGACUGUAGAAGGGACCCGACCAGCUCAGGGAGCCUCUCCUCUCUCAUCUCCAGGCAGGAGAAGCGGGCGGAUGGAGUAGUGGCCGCCGAGGACCGGGAGGGACAGGCUGCACGCAUGGAGGGCUCCGUCACUUCAGCGGGGUCCCUGGCGCAGGGGCCCGGCGCGGAGGUCCGGAGCGCGGCGGCGCUGGAGAAAAAGGACUCCAGGGUGUCCUUCUCCAACGCGCCGACCGGUAAAGGACAGACUCCGAGUCAGCACUCGAGGAAUUCAGUCACGUUCACCAAAGCCGAGGACGGCUCCCAGAUAGUGCCGGAUGAUGGGGAUCCUCGGGAGACAUACAUGCAGCGGCAGUUUAGUUCCAUGCUUCAGCCCGGAGUUAACAAGUUCUCCCUGCGCAUGUUUGGCAGCCAGAAGGCAGUGGAGAAAGAGCAGGAGCGCGUAAAGUCUGCGGGUAAUUGGAUUAUCCACCCAUACAGCGACUUCAGGUUCUACUGGGACUUCACCAUGCUGAUGUUCAUGGUGGGCAACCUGAUCAUCAUCCCCGUCGGCAUCACCUUCUUCAAGGAGGAGACCACCACCCCCUGGAUCAUCUUCAACGUGGUGUCCGACACCUUCUUCCUCAUGGACCUGGUGCUGAACUUCCGGACCGGCAUCGUGUUCGAGGACAACACCGAGAUCAUCCUGGAUCCCAAGAAGAUUAAGCGGAAGUACCUGCAGAGCUGGUUUGUGGUGGACUUUGUCUCUUCCAUACCUGUGGAUUAUAUCUUCCUCAUCGUGGAGAGGGGGAUAGACUCGGAGAUGUACAAGACGGCCCGGGCGCUCCGCAUCGUCCGCUUCACCAAGAUCCUCAGUCUGCUGCGGCUGCUGAGGCUGUCCAGGCUCAUCCGCUACAUCCACCAAUGGGAGGAGAUCUUCCACAUGACCUAUGACCUGGCGAGCGCCGUGAUGCGAAUAUUCAACCUCAUCGGCAUGAUGCUGCUGCUGUGCCACUGGGACGGCUGUCUCCAGUUCCUCGUCCCCAUGCUGCAGGACUUUCCGUCCGACUGCUGGGUCUCCCUCAACAAGAUGGUGAACGACUCGUGGAGCGAGCUCUACUCCUUCGCCCUCUUCAAGGCCAUGAGUCACAUGCUGUGCAUCGGAUACGGGAGACAAGCCCCGGAGAGCAUGUCGGACAUCUGGCUGACCAUGCUCAGCAUGAUCGUCGGAGCCACCUGCUACGCCAUGUUCAUCGGCCACGCCACCGCACUCAUCCAGUCUCUGGACUCAUCCAGGCGCCAGUAUCAGGAAAAGUACAAGCAGGUGGAGCAGUACAUGUCGUUCCACAAACUGCCGGCAGACUUCCGGCAGAAGAUCCACGACUACUACGAGCACAGGUACCAGGGCAAGAUGUUUGACGAGGAGAGCAUCCUGGAGGAGCUUAACGAGCCUCUGCGCGAGGAAAUCGUCAACUUCAACUGCCGCAAGCUGGUGGCCACCAUGCCGCUGUUCGCCAACGCCGACCCCAACUUCGUGACGGCGAUGUUGACCAAGCUGCGCUUCGAGGUCUUCCAGCCCGCCGACUACAUCAUCCGAGAGGGCACCGUCGGCAAGAAGAUGUACUUCAUCCAGCACGGCGUGGUCAGCGUCCUGACCAAAGGAAGCAUCGGCAUGAAGCUGAUGGACGGCUCCUACUUUGGAGAGAUCUGUCUGCUGACCCGCGGCAGGCGGACGGCCAGCGUGCGAGCGGACACCUACUGCCGCCUGUACUCUCUCUCCGUGGACAACUUCAACGAGGUGCUGGAGGAGUACCCCAUGAUGAGGAGGGCCUUCGAGACGGUGGCCAUUGACAGGUUGGACCGAAUAGGCAAGAAGAACUCAAUCCUGAUGCACAAAGUCCAGCACGACCUGAACUCGGGUGUUUUCAACAACAGCGAGAACGAGAUGAUCCAGGAAAUAGUCAAGUACGAUCGGGAGAUGGUUCAGCAGGUCGACGUGCCCCGACCGCGGGCCAUGUCCAUGACCCCUCCCCUCUACGGGGGGAUCUUCAACUCUCCCAGUUCCUCCGCCCACCCCCAGCACUCGGCGAUCGGCACUCUGCAGCAGGCCGUGGCCAUGAACUUCUGUUCCCCCGCGCAGGGGAACUCCAUGGGAGCGGCGAGCCUGCAGUCCCCCAGGACGGUGAGGAGGUUCCAGGUGGUGGAGAGCGUGUCCGGCCCCGUCUCGGCGUCCCCGCUGCCGUCGCAGUACCUCGCCAGUGGUGCCUUCGCUCCCGUCCUCUCCAGCCCUCCCGUCCAGAGCCCGCUGGCGCUCGGGGGCCGGUUCCAGUAUGGCUCGGGCGCCCUGGCUGGUCCCGCCUCGGGCUCCCAGCUCUCUCUGGCCCAGCAGCACGCCGCCGGCCUCGCUCAGCGGCCCAGCUCGCGCACCAGCACUCACUCGCUGCAAAUGGGCACUUUGAGCCAAGACGCCCGGGCGCUGUCCGCCUCUCAGCCCUCGCUGCCUCACGAGGCGGCGCAGCAGGGGGCGCCGAGUCCCCCCAGGUCAACGCGAGUCUCCUCCACCUCCAUCGGACCCCCUCACGCCCCGGCAGGUCACGCGGGCUCCCGGGGCGCCGUACCACAGAGGGUGGUGCUGCCCCAUCAGAUGUCCGUGGGGGGCUUCCCCAUGGCGUCCCUGACUGGUUCUGGGCAGGGUUUCGGGGGCGGGGCAGGGCUGGCCGUGGGCGGUGCGGGGACAGGUCCGGGGGACUCGGGAUUACCCAAGAAAGACUCCAUAGUGAGCCUUCCCGAGACCGACCACAUCAAAAUCAGAUCCAGGCUGUCUUCAAACUUGUGAUCUUAAUCGAACUCUUGUGGAGGACUGACUCGAUGGGGG